AUGAUAUCUUUUCAUUUCUAUGAAGUAUGCUCUCUAGCUUAUUGCCUUCUCUUGUAUGUUCAGCUGCUUUCAUCAUCAAAUUACCUUCAAUUAGCCUCUGCUAGUUCUACUGAUGAGGCAAACGCUCUUCUCAAAUGGAAAGCCACCUUUCAAAAUCAAACCCAAAACAAUCUGUCAUCAUGGGCUUACCCUCCCAGCAAUAAUGCCACCAACAAUCCUAAAAUCCCAUGUACUUGGGCUGGUGUUUCAUGCAAUGCUGCUGGAAGUGUCAUCGAGAUAAACCUUACCAAGUCUGGUUUACAAGGUACGCUAAAUGCAUUUUCAUUCUUUUCCUUCCCUGAUCUUGAAUAUCUUGACCUCAGCUUCAACAAACUCUUUGAUGCCAUUCCACCUCAAAUUAGUUACCUCUCCAAACUAAACUAUCUUGAUCUCUCUCAAAAUCAGUUUUCUGGGAGAAUCCCACCAGAAAUCGGUCUCCUGCGAAAUCUUACCUUUCUCAGUCUCUCUAGGAACACAUUUGUUGGAGAUAUUCCCCACAAGAUAGGCAACUUGAAAUCUCUUGUGGAGCUAUAUUUGUCUAAGAAUCAACUAAAAGGUUCAAUUCCAAGAUCACUAGGUGAUCUAACAAGCCUUACCUAUCUUUAUCUCUUUGGAAAUCAAGUGUCUGGUUCUAUUCCUAAGGAGAUAGGGAAUUUGAAAUAUCUUGUGCAGUUAAGGUUGGGCAAUAAUCAACUCAAUGGUUCAAUUCCAAGAUCACUAGCUGAGCUAACAAGCCUUACCCAUCUUUCUUUACGUCACAAUCAACUUUCUGGUUCUAUUCCUAAGGAGAUAGGGAAUUUGAAAUAUCUUGUGGAGUUAAGGUUGGGCAAUAAUCAACUCAAUGGUUCAAUUCCAAGAUCACUAGCUGAGCUAACAAGCCUCACCUAUCUUUCUUUACAUCACAAUCAACUUUCUGGUUCUAUUCCUAAGGAGAUAGGGAAUUUGAAAUAUCUUGUGGAGUUAAGGUUGGGCAAUAAUCAACUCAAUGGUUCAAUUCCAAGAUCACUAGCUGAGCCAAAAAGCCUUACCCAUUUUUUUUUACAUCACAAUCAACUUUCUGGUUCUAUUCCUAAGGAGAUAGGGAAUUUGAAAUAUCUUGUGGAGCUAAGGUUGGGCAAUAAUCAACUCAAUGGUUCAAUUCCAAGAUCACUAGCUGAGCUAACAAGCCUUACCUAUCUUUCUUUACGUCACAAUCAACUUUCAGGUUCUAUUCCUAAGGAGAUAGGGAAUUUGAAAUAUCUUGUGCUGUUAAGGUUGGGCAAUAAUCAACUCAAUGGUUCAAUUCCAAGAUCACUAGCUAAGCUAACAAGCCUUACCCAUCUUUCUUUACGUCACAAUCAACUUUCUGGUUCUAUUCCUAAGGAGAUAGGGAAUUUGAAAUAUCUUGUGUAUUUAAGGUUAGGCAGUAAUCAACUCAGUGGUUCAAUUCCAAGAUCACUAGCUGAUCUAACAAGCCUUACCUAUGUUUCUUUCGAUCAGAAUCAACUUUCUGGUUCUAUUCCUAAGGAGAUAGGGAAUUUGAAAUUUCUUGUGCAUUUAAGGUUGGGCAAUAAUACUCUCAAUGGUUCAAUUCCUAGAUCACUAGCUGAUCUAACAAGCCUUACCCAUCUUUUUCUCCAUCUCAAUCAACUUUCUGGUUCUAUUCCUAAGGAGAUAGGAAAUUUGAAAUCUCUUGCGCAGCUAUUUUUGGGUGAUAAUCAACUCAAUUGUUCAAUUCCUGUUUCAUUUGGUAAACUGAGCAACUUGGAAAUCUUAUACCUACGGAAUAACAGCCUUUCCGGCCCCAUCCCCCAAGAGAUAGAGAAUCUCAAAAAGUUGAGUGUCUUGGUUUUGGAUGUAAACCAAUUUUCUGGUUAUUUGCCCCAAAAUAUUUGCCAAGGUGGAAAACUGGAAAACUUUACAGCAAGCAACAACCUUUUCACUGGUCCAAUCCCAAAAAGCUUGAAAACCUGCAUGAGCUUAGCCCGACUUCGUCUUCAACGGAAUCAAUUGACAAGCAAUAUAUCUGAGGACUUUGGUGUUUAUCCGAAUCUUAAUUUUAUAGAUGAAACAAUAUUACCGGUAGCAUACCACUUGAGAUAG